AUGAUGGUAAGCACCCUGGAUUUCUAUUGCCAGAAGUUCUUGAAGAUGGACAAGCGCUUCUACAUACUGCUGGGUAUGGUUUGGGCAAUGGAGUCGCUCUUCAUUCUAGCUGUGGUCCAACCAUUUCUGACCCGCAGAUUUGGCGAAAUCACGACUCUCACGUUCAGCUUCGCGUCCCUCAGCAUGUUUUACUUGCUGUUCUCUUUGCUGACGCCGAGCACUUGGGCUUUGGCAUAUGCUGUCAUCACUUUUUUCGCCGUCGGCUCAAUGUGCUACCCGAUUGCGGUGGGGCUAGCUGCGCGAGAGCUGCCUCCUCAACAGCAGGGUACGCUUCAGGGAGCGAUGUCCAUUUUAGAAACACUUGCGAAGAUCUUUGCCCCGCUGCUUGCUUCCGAGGUGCUGAUUCCAAAAUUCAAAGGCGAAGGCCAGUUUCAUGGCAUGGUUUAUUUCGUGGCGUCAAUGCUGAUGCUUCCUGGCAUAUGUUGGAGCCAUGGGUUGACGAAAUACACAUCGUACGUAGAUCCAGACAAAGUCGGCACAGAUUCGCAAAUCUCGGUUGAAACGCAAUGA